AGUUUUCAGGAAGACAUCAAAGAUUUUUGGGUUUGCAGAAAACCAGAAAAUAUUAAAAAUGUCCAAAAUUACCACAGAACUUCUGUUGGAAAGGGCAGUGCCUAAAUCUACAAGGCUGCGAAAAAUCAAGAUUCUGAACUUGUCCAAGUUGCAGAUAACAACAGAAGACUUGGAACCACAGUUAUUUUCUCAUCUCCGCCACCUCCAAGAACUCGACCUCUCUGACAACUUGCUAGAGAGGCUCCCUGACAAUCUCAGUUUGCCAAACCUCCGUAUCCUAAACUGUGACAACAACAACCUGGAAGACGUGACAUCCCUGAAGCAGUUUCCACAGCUGGAGGAGCUAACCUAUGUGAACAAUGUAUACCUGACACCCAGUGAUGACUAUAAGGUCAUGUUUCUUCUGCAAAAUCUCCGACAACUGAAUGGCAAGGAUAUCACCAAGCUGGCCAGCCAUGUGAGAGUUGUCAAUAGUCGAGAGCUGACCAGUAGGGUCACUUCUCACUGGGGGAAAACCUUCCGGAAGCAGCUGCCCAAAACUCCGUCCCCAGAGCAGUUGAAAUCAGUCAGGAAAAAAUUCAUCAAGUCUGCACAAGCCCAUGUAGCAUAUGGACCCAGCUCACUCAGCGGCUUCACCCGAUGGCGGGUGAAAAUGAUUGCAGAUGAAUUCUUGACUUCACUGUUAAAUCAGGAAGACAAGGCUGCUUCUAAAGUGGGAGAAUCGGUUGCGGAAGAGGGGGAAGAGGAAGAAGAGGAGGAGGAGGAGGAGGAGAAAGAGGAAGAAGAGGAGGAGAAAGAAGAGGAGGAGGAAGAAGAAAAAGAAGAAGAAAAAGAAACAGAAGAAACAGAAGAAAUUAUGGAAAAUGCUUCAGAUACUGAAAAUAAGGUUGCUACCAAGGGCACAGUAACCCCCAGCAAAAGAAAAGGGGCUCAUUCCAAAGGAGGAGCAAGCAAGAGAUCCCAUUCUCGCAGCAGUUCCAAUGAGGAAGCCUCUCCCAGCCCCAAGAAGCCCAGCCGCUUGCAGGAUGAGAGGGCAAAAGCAUCUCGCCCACAGACCAAGGAAUCCCAGGACACUCAGGAUUCUGAAGGGGCCCAUCGGAAUGGAGGGCGUCUUCCAAAAGCACACAGCCACAAAAGGUCCAGUCAGCAGAAAGAGGAGCACAGAGAGGAGGAUGCAAAAGAUGUUUGUAGCACUCCAAUCAAAGACUUGGAAGGCGAGGAGACAAUCAGCCUGGAGCCUGUCCAUUUUCUACAGUGUCACAGUAAAGGCAACAACAGGGACGACUUUAAGACCCAGUUAUGGGCCUGUGUCUUUGAGCCACCGCUGGAUUGUGGGACGAGAAAAGAUCCUGUGGUGAGUUCAUCCAGAACAGCAGCUACCUGUGGUGGAGACUCUGUCUGUUUGGUGGACUGUGAGACGGGCAUUGUCUUGAAAAAGUACAAAGUGACUGGGGAGGAGUUUUUCACUGUUGCAUGGACAACUCUGACUAUGGUCACUAGUGAUGGGCGAAAGAAAAGGCACAAUGUUCUGGCUGCUGCUGGGAGACGAGGAAUUGUGAAAUUAAUUCAUGUGACCGCUGAUUACUGCUAUGGAGAGAUCAAGGCACACAAGAAACCCAUUGCUACUGCCUGCUUCAGUCCAACUUCUGAGACGCAUCUUUUCACUGCUUCCUAUGACAAGAAAAUUUGCAUGUGGGACAUUGGAGUUCCAGAUUCUGAUUAUAAUUUCAAGGAAAGACAUCUGAUGGUGCUAGAGACCAUUGCCACACCCCUACGCAUCGCCCUCGUGCCCUCUUGCCCAGACCGAUACCUGGUGGCUGGCUGUGAGCAAGGUUGCUUUGCUUGGGACAUUAGACUGGAUGAAAAGCAGCAGAAAAACAGACCUUAUGAAGUAGAAUUCCAGUUCCCAGAUGAUGAGGGGAAUGAAACAGCUUCCCAUCGAGUGGAUGGUCUGGCCUUUUUGAAUGAAGACAUUGUGGUUACCAAGAGUUCUAAGACAGGGUCCAUAAACCUCUGGAGCUGGAGCCGCUCGUUCAAGCAAGGGAAGGGGGGUCGCAGAACAGUGCAAGCCAUCAUCCUGGCCGAACUGGAGUGGUCCUCAACAGAUCUGCCUUACCUCACCCUCAGCACGUGUCCGACAGAAGAGUAUGUGUUCUGUGGUGAUGAGAAAGGAAGUGUCUGGAUGUAUGACCUCAGCAACCACUUGUCCACUCUGAGUGCCACAAAGGAAGAGUCGUCAGUUAAGAGAAUAGGGCCUUCACAGGUCCUGAAGUGGCCAGAAUUGAAAGCAAACGGUGAGGUGCUGACAGAUGUCCUGGUGAACAAUGUAGUCACGGACCCCACCUUCACUUACCUGGUUGCUCUCACUGACGUAAACAUUGCCGCAAUAUGGAAGAAAGCCUAGCUGUUCUGGUGUGGCCCCACAUUUUUUUGCCCACAUUUCAGUAGUGCAGUAUUUGUGACCGUUCUGGAAAUAACCAAGGUUGGGGGUGGGGGGUGGGGAUUUAAACUUCAUGUGAAUUAAUGCAAGGAAAAUCAACUGAAGGGUUGGCUGGAAGCGAAGCCUGUGCUGGCCAAUACCCACAUCCUUUAACUGUGACUUUUACUUUUAUUGGUGUUUUAAAGUGUAUUUGUUUUAUAGAAAGACAGUAUUUAAUAAAACUUGAUAAAAGCUA